UUCUCUUUGCUUUAUCUUCUUUCUUCUUUAGGCCUUGGGAUAGCUGGUGCAGUUAUAGCUGGUAUACUUAUUGGAAUCGGGAUUUUAUGCUUCAAACGAAGACAACCAGCAGCCGGGGUUAAGAACAAGUACCUUCCAACACCUCCCUCAAGUACAGGACCCUCCACUACUUCUACUACUCAUCUGUCUCAAACCAUCCCUUCAUAUUCCCCCUCAAAUUAUGACAUCGAAAAAGAAAGCACUUACUUUGGAACUCACGUCUUUCGUUAUCAAGAACUUGAGGAAGCCACUGAUAAUUUCAAUCCUGCUAAACAACUUGGAGAAGGAGGCUUUGGCACUGUUUAUUAUGGUAUGCUCAGUGAUGGGCGCGAAGUUGCGGUUAAGCGCCUAUACAAGACCAAUUUCAAGCGUGUUGAUCAGUACAUGAAUGAAAUCGAGAUCUUCCCUCGAAUACGCCACCCGAACCUUGUCACACUCUAUGGAUGUACGUCGAAACGUAGCACAGAACUUCUCCUUGUUUACGAGUACAUUCCUAAUGGAACCGUAGCUGAUCAUUUAUAUGGGAAGCUAUCAAACAGCGGUUUCCUUACUUGGCCUAUUAGGCUGAGCAUUGCAGUAGAGACAGCGAAUGCACUAGCUCACCUCCAUGCAUCGGAUAUCAUACAUCGCGAUGUUAAGACGGCUAACAUUCUCCUAGACAAUAGUUUCGAAGUAAAAGUAGCUGAUUUCGGUCUUUCACGAUUGUUUCCUGAUGGUGUUACUCAUGUCUCAACUGCUCCACAAGGCACGCCCGGUUACGUUGACCCUGAGUAUUUCCAGUGCUACCAGCUCAGUGAGAAGAGUGAUGUUUAUAGUUACGGAGUGGUCUUGUUUGAACUUAUAUCCGCAAAACCGGCAGUGGACACCAGUAGGCACCGAGAUGAUAUUAAUUUGGCUAACAUGGGUAUGAACAGAAUAAGGAACCAUGCAUUGCAUGAAUUGGUUGAUCCAUCUCUUCGAUUCGAGAACGAUUAUCCGACGAAAAAAAUGGUGACUGCAGUUGCGGAACUGGCUUCACGGUGUUUACAACAAGAGAGGGAUAUGAGACCUUCCAUGGAACAAGUGUUGCAGACAUUGAUAGGAAUUCAGGGUGAGCAGAUAGGAUAGCAGAAAGCGGAAAAAGAGAAUCUAAUUGUAGGCGUCAGGAAAUUAGCUAAACACCAAACAAAACCUUUUUUUCCCCGUUGGAUCGGCAGUUUCAUUAUUCAAUCAUCAAUAAAUUGCGUUAAGUACAAGCAUUUUUUAA